AGCUCACUGUUUUCUCUCUGCACGGACUGCCGGCCCCACAGAACCCUCGUCCAAGAUGGCUCAGCUCAGGGUGCAGUGUGGCAAUAUCCAGAAUGACCACAACCUCCUCUCCCACAACAGGAAGGGUCCCAAAAAGAUGUCCUCUCUCAUGGAGAUGAAGGAAGUCUUCCUCAACGCUGACGCAGUUUGCUUUGAUGUGGACAGCACGGUCAUCAGAGAGGAAGGCAUCGAUGAGCUGGCAAAGUUCUGCGGCGUUGGAGACGCGGUGUCCGAAAUGACUCGAAGAGCUAUGGGUGGCUCCGUAACAUUCAAGGCUGCAUUGACUGCACGGCUUGGCCUCAUCCGCCCUUCCUAUGAACAAGUGCAGAAACUGAUAUCGGAGCAUCCGCCCCAGUUAACGCCAGGAAUAAGGGAACUGGUCAGCCGGCUCCACCAGCGAGGUGUCCAGGUCUUCUUAAUCUCCGGUGGCUUUCAGAGCAUCGUGGAGCAUGUGGCCUCGCAGCUGAACAUCCCAACAGCAAACGUCUUUGCCAACAGGUUGAAGUUCUAUUUUAACGGAGAAUACGCCGGCUUUGACGAGGCGCAGCCAACAGCCGAGUCGGGUGGCAAAGGACAAGUUAUUAGUUACCUGAAGGAGCAGUUCCAGUUUAAGAAGGUGGUUAUGAUUGGAGACGGGGCAACAGAUAUGGAAGCCUGCCCACCCGCAGACUGUUUCAUCGGCUUCGGAGGCAAUGUAGUUCGAAAACAAGUGAAGGAAAAAGCCAAGUGGUACAUCACCCAUUUUGAUGAGCUGCUGAAAGAACUGGAAGAACGAUAAAUUAUGAACUAGGCUUAUUUUAUUAACUCUUAUCAUAGAUAGAUGUAUACCUAUGCAAUUAAAUAUUUUCUUAUUGUUUGCGAA